ACGACGCAGUUUAAACCUUAAACCCCACGAAGGAGGGACGGAUUAACGUGUCUUCGUUAAAACGAGAAAAAUAAAACCUUUUCCAGAAUUGUGGAAAUAGGCACCUCUCCGCUCGAGUCGGUCCGACGAGCAAGGGUAUACGCUGAGCUCUUACCCACCUCUGAUCAGGGGUCAAGCCAGCCUUCUUCUGUUCGCUCUGUAUACCGUUAGGAAAAUCGACCGUCGAUCAUUGAUUUCCCGGGGAAAAUGUGAUGGCUUCGACAGUGCGUUUUGACUCCUGGUGAUCGGGCCAGUGAUCGACGAACGGUGGAAGAUGUGAAAGUGUUUUAGUCGAGUGUUUUGUUAAGUGAAUCGUCCGUAUUCCUCCUACUGUAUAGUGAGGGUACCCUGCUGGUCAGGAGAGAGAGAGAGAGAGAGAGAGAGAUUUCGACAACUCCCACACCGCCCGGAGAAAAAUGGCCCGGUUGCCGCUCGACAUUUAAAAAGGGGCGAAAGACUAUUGCCCAACUGCAGUCUAAUUGCACUCUCCAAGAUGGUGGAGCUUUUGCUCCGUGUUGAGAGUCGCGGAGUCCCGUUGCAUAUUGAGAGAAGAUCACCACUCCCGAUCUUCUUCUUUUUGUUAUUCUUCUUCUCGAGUUCGUAGAACAGAAACUGGUCUUUUAAAGUUUUUUUAUUAGAAAGUUUUUCGUGUUUUUUAACCGAACGAGAACCGAGAAGUGAGUUUUUUUUUCUUGUGGAAAAGGAAUUGGAAUAAAACUGACAGAAAUGAUUAAAAUUAUUCGAGGAUGGCGGGUCCUCCGUGUGGGUCGUGGCAGGGUCGUCAGAGUGUUGAUGGUCGUCCUGCUGCUGAUUCUCGCUUGGCAGAGUCUCCUGUCGAGGAGCCACAUCAAAGAGUCUGCCAAGAUGCUCACUGGUGUAGAAGGGCAGACGAAGGACCCCGAUAUGCAAGUCCAAGCCCCAGCAGACGACAUGAAAUCGAGCGCCAUGCCCGCUAAACGUCAGGUAGUUGCCCCAGACCAGCCACACCUACCGCAGGAAGCAGAUAAUGCUGACAACCAGUGGAAGAACCGAGAGGAUGUCCUCAGAGAAAGUGACAACAUCAACCCAAGAUACAACAUGAAGGCUGUGAAGGAGAAGAUCAAAGACCUCCGCCCCAAUCCCGUGAGGAACCAGCACUUCAUCCAGCAGAGUGCCCUCGAUCUGAUGGAAGACGUCCAGCAGGAAGGGGAAGACGAUGAUGAGGACGACGAGUACGAGGAGUACAGAGACGAGGGGCAGGAUGAAAAGGACAAGUGGAAUGGGAGGAACAGAGACGACAAUGCUGAUAACAAUGCGAAUGAAGAACAGGACGAGGUUGCAAAUGAAGACUUCGGUCUGGAGGAUGUGGGAGGCGAGAAGCUCGAGAAGAAUGAAGGGGGCGACGAAGGGAAUAAGGCCAGGCUGAAGAGGAAGAAGAAGGAAAAGAAGGAGUUGGAGGGGGAUGAGGAAGGAGCUGUUGAGUUUGGGGAGCUCAUUGGAGAGAGGAAGAAUGUGGAAGAUGAUAAUAAAGAAGAGGUGAAGAGCUCUUUUGGGAAAGACAAUCAUUUCGACAUGGACGCCAUAGAGAAGGACAUGGCCCAGCGCAGGGCGAGAAUCGAGGAAGUCUGUGCCAGGCAUGGCAUAGGGCCCCACGCUCCUGCUGGAGGGAAACCCAUUAUGAGACAUCCCCCCACCCCCAAUUAUGAUGUAUUUUAUAUUGACAAGCGUGAGGAACUGGCAUGGUGUCCCAUCUACAAGGCAGCUUCAACAUCCUGGCUUUACAAUUUCAUCAAACUUGGGGGCGUUGAGGAAUCUGAAGUGAAAAACGCCAAAGAACAGGUUUCCACUAUAGCCAGGAGAAUCUGGCCACCCUUGCCUUACGAAGAUGCUGAGCAGGCACUCGAGACUUGCUUGAAGUUCAUGAUUGUACGACAUCCCUUUGAGAGGCUGGUCUCUGCAUACCGCGACAAGCUGGAAAACACCAAUAUUGGCCAAGAACACGGUGUAGAGCACUUUUACAAGAAAUAUGGACGCAAGAUCGUAGAGAAAUAUCGCCCAGCAGGUCAGGGUCUUCCAGCUGUGCGAUAUUCCCAAGACAUGGAUGACCCAAGCAUACCCGCGCCCAAAGGGGUGGAGCCGACGUUCGAGGAAUUUGUGAAGUAUCUCACGGAAACAGACUUGGUGUAUUAUGCAGACGAUCACUGGAUGCCCUACUACCUCUAUUGCACUCCUUGUCUCUUGGAUUAUGAUGUCAUCGCCAAAUUUGAGACCCUAGAGAGGGACCAGAACUAUGUUGUACUUAAGAAGCAUCUCGGCAACAGAAUCAAGCCCACUUGGAAGCACCUGACGAAAGGUGUGAAGACUUCUGAUACCGUCCGUAAAUACUUUGCCACCAUCACCAAGAAGGAUCUGAUGGCUCUUUACGAAAAGUAUAGACUAGACUUUGAGUUAUUUGAUUACUCUGUGGAUGAGUACCUAGAGUACGUCAGAGAGACUUCGUGAUGUGUAUUCUCUGCGUCACUAUUUUCAGGGGAAUUUAAUAUGCUUUGGAUACGCUUUUCUCUAGUAAAUUUAUAUUUAUCAA